GUCAAAACUACAGAGCUGCCCUCUACGGUCAAACUACAGAGCUGCCAUCUACGGUCAAAACUACAGAGCUGCCCUCUACGAUCAAAACUACAGAGAUGCCAUCUACGGUCAAAACUACAGAGCUGCCAUCUACGGUCAAAACUACAGAGCUGCCCUCUACGGUCAAAACUACAGAGCUGCCCUCUACGAUCAAAACUACAGAGAUGCCAUCUACGGUCAAAACUACAGAGCUGCCCUCUACGGUCAAAACUACAGAGCUGCCAUCUACGGUAAAAACUACAGAGCUGCCCUCUACGAUCAAAACUACAAAGCUACCAUCUACGGUAAAAACUACAGAGCUGCCCUCUACGAUCAAAACUACAAAGCUACCAUCUACGGUCAAAACUACACAGCCGGCAUCUACAGUAAAGACUACAGAGGCUGCAUCUACGGUAAAAACUACAGAGAUACAAUCUACGGUUAAAACUACAGAGCUGCCAUCUACGGUCAAAACUACAGAAUUGCCAUCUACGGUUGAAACAACACAGGCACCAACGACGAUGAUAACUACAUCUACGGUUAAGACUACACAGGCGCCAACUACGCUCAAAACUACACAGUCUACAUCUACGGUCAAAACUACACAGGCGUCAUCUACGGUAAAAACUACACAGGCGCCAACGACAGUGAAAACUACACAGUCGCCAUCUACGGUCAAAACUACACUGCUGACAUCUACCGUCGAAAGCACAGAGCCGACAUCUACCAUUGAGACUACGGUUAAGACUACACAGUCUACGUCUACGGUCAAAACAACACAUGCACCGUCGACAGACAAAGCUACACAGCUGACAUCUACGGUCAAAACUACAGAGACCCCAUCGACUAUCAAGACUACACAGUCGCCAUCGACGGUCAAAACUACACAUGUACCAUCUACGAUCAAAACUACACAGUCUACAUCUACGUUGAAAACUACAGAGGCACCAUCUACGCUCAAAACUACACAUCUCGCAUCUACGAUCGAAACAACAGAGCUGCCCUCUACGGUCAAAACAACAUAUGCACCAACGACGGUCAAAACUACACAGCGGCCAUCUACGAUCCAAACUACACAGGCGCCAUCGACGGUAAAAACUACACAGGCGCCAUCGACGGUAAAAACUACACAGGCGCCAUCGACGGUAAAAACUACACAGACGCCAUCGACGGUGAAAACUACACAAACACAAACAACGGUCAAAACUACACAGGCCCAAUCUACGGUCAAAACUACACAGCUUCCAUCUACGAUCGAAACAACACAGGCGCCAACGACUGUCAAAACUACACAGUCGCCAUCUACGGUGAAAACUACACAGGCGCCAACGACUGUAAAAACUACACAGGCGCAAACAACGGUCAAAACUACAGAGCUUCCAUCUACGGUCAAAACAACACAUGCGCCAACGACGGUCAAAACUACACAGUCUACAUCUACCGUCGAAACUACACAGCGGCCAUCUACGAUAAAAACUACACAGUCGCCAACGACUGUAAAAACUACACAGGCGCCAACGACUGUAAAAACUACACAGGCGCAAACAACUGUCAAAACUACACAGGCCCAAUCUACGGUCAAAACUACACAGGCCCAAUCUACGAGCACUACAGAGCUGCCAUCUACGGUCAAAACAACACAUGCGCCAACGACGAUCAAAACUACACAGUCUACAUCUACUGUCGAAACUACACAGCGGCCAUCUACGGUACAAACAACACUGUCGCCAUCAACGGUGAAAACUACAGAGCUGCCAACGACUGUAAAAACAACACAGUCGCCAUCAACGGUCAAAACUACACAGGCGCCAACGACGCUUAAAACAACACAGUCGCCAUCAACGGUCAAAACUACAGAGCAGCCAACGACGCUUAAAACAACACAGUCGCCAUCAACUGUCAAAACUACAGAGCUGCCAACGACGCUUAAAACAACACAGUCGCCAUCAACGGUCAAAACUACAGAGCAGCCAACGACGCUUAAAACAACACAGUCGCCAUCAACGGUCAAAACUACAGAGCUGCCAACGACGCUUAAAACAACACAGUCGCCAUCAACGGUCAAAACUACAGAGCUGCCAACGACGCUUAAAACAACACAGUCGCCAUCAACUGUCAAAACUACACAGCUUACAUCUACGCUCAAAACCACACAGCUGCCAUCGACGGCCAAAACCACGGUUCAAAUGCCUGUCAUUACAUCUGUUUUAACAACAACAAAGGACAUCACAUUCCUGACGACACUUUCAUCUACAACGAAGGAACAUACGACAACUCCUCCACAAGAAAAUACAACCAUUGCAGUGGCGUCGACACCAACACCAACUCUGUCAUCGACACGACAAAUUACAACAACGAUGUCAACAGCUCCGCGACUUUGUAAUUCAGGUUGUAGUCAAUAUGCAGACUUCCUGUCCAACGGCACAUGUCUUUGCAGAGAAGGGUUUUCCGGAAACGGUUCCACCUGCGAACUUGUUUCCAGCGGCUUCUCCCAGAGCAUCACCUUCACCGGGCUGGCGUACAGAGCUGCUCUGGCGGACUGCUCGUCUGAAGAUUACAUUUCUACAAAGGCGCAAAUAGAAAACACGAUCACUGAAAUCUACUCCGAAAGUACCGUCGCUGAUCACAUCUACUCGAUCACGAUAAACUCCUUCCGGAGCGGUAGCCUUGUCGUAGACGCCACCAUCCUAACUGACGCAGCGGCUAACCUGACCUACGGCGUCCUGGAGCGAGCCUUUCUGGAGUCUCUUGAGAUCAACCUGGAUGUCACCACCACAGAGCUUUGCUACAGAGGUUACUGCCUGAAUGGCGGUGAAUGUUCAGUCGUCAACAAGUCAAGGACCUGCACAUGUCCUUCAUCCCACACGGGUGACCGGUGCGAAACUGUUAUCGUAGACGGCGAGUUUGGCCAGUGGAGUGGUUGGAGCCACUGCCUGUCCACGUGUGGAGAAGGAUCACGCAUGCGUACUCGAGAGUGUGACAGCCCGCCUCCAAGCGCCGGUGGACGGUACUGCAGUGGAGUGUCGGUGGAAUUCCAACCCUGUGACCUGCCACCUUGUACAGAUGGACACAUUGACUGGUGCGAUCCUGAAGACGACCGGUGCAGCCAGUCCACGGGGGCCGGAAACUGUUUUCUAGACUUCCCGGACUACGACUGUUACUGUAACCAUGGUUACGAGAUGAUCCACAGUAACAAUGGCACCACGUUCGUCAGAUGCCAAGACAUAGAUGAAUGUGCGGAAGGAAUGAACGACUGUCACCCCACACUGGCGACAUGCACCAACACACUGGGUAACUUCACCUGCCAGUGCAGGCCUGGGUAUGAAGGAGACGGGAUUACAUGUGAAGAUAUUGACGAAUGUCGGGCACUGUCAGACACCAACUGUGAUGUGCAUGCGUCCUGUGAGAAUCAAGAUGGCGGCUACACCUGCACCUGUAACCUUGGAUACAGCAGUACGGCUGCGCAGGGAACCGGGUUUGUGGGAGAGUGCAAAGAGGACCGUCUGUUCCCUUUCGGCGAGGCCAUGAACGACACUUUGCUGACGGUCCUGCCGGAAGACGCGGGCGAGUCCAUCUCUCCUCCCAUCAACAUACCAUAUGGACUGCCUGUUCCGGGGGGACUCUGCAAUGACAUAUGCGUCACGGAAAAUGGCAUCGUGAUCGCAACUAACGGAAAGGACCACUUUAACAUCCCGAGCCUGCGCAACCCCGGGCGGCUGGGAAAUGUUCUGAGUCACAACAACACCGACAUCUGCGCCAUCUUUGCAGCGUUCUGGGCAAAUAACCGCUUCCAACAGCUCUUAGCACGAAUGAAUCCAAAGGUGUGGUACCAGGCCUACACCAGUGACGACCGCGGCCUAAUGACACUAGUUGACAACGCCGUCCGAAACGACGACCCGACGGCUGCCAACUUCACCGCGUCCUUCGUCUUCAUCGCCACGUGGCAACGGAUGGUCCCACCCUGGCUCUCGGAUGGAUCUGAGGAAAACACGUUCCAGGCAGUUGUAGCCACGGACUACAUACGCACCUACACCAUGUACCGCUACAAAGACAGCCACAUGACCUGGGUUCCAGUCUACCCUGUGGACGUCUACUACCUUGCCGGCUACCCCGCCAUCAUUGGGUAUCUGGUGCGAACAGACAGCAACACUUACUUCAUAGAAGACAGGAACUCUGGCUGGUGGAGUCGUAAUGACGGAGACGUGAACGCGUAUCGUGUGGACCAGAAGAUCUGUGAGAGUACGGGAAAGAAGGGGCAGAUUUUUCAUCGGGUGGAUCAAAACGGAGAGGAUUACGUCAACGCCAAACUGGCUUGCGACGACUGGUUUAAGGAUGAGCCUGACGUGGAAGACUACGCGCCUGACGUAGUCGGCACGUGCCCGAUGUACUACGCCCAGGCCAUCGCAGAGACCGGCCGCUGGCUGCUCACAUCUCAGAACCGGCAGGGGGCGUGCUUCACCAGGCCCUUCAGUCUCACCACAGGAGGUAACUACGAGUGUUGUUACGACGCCAUGGGCGCUCUGAUCAACUCUCCCAGCAGGUUCAACUCCGGGGCUGGGUGCUUACAUCGGUACGAAAAGGACAUGAGCAUAAACAGUAACUAUUACCGGAGCGACUACCUCCCGAGGAUCUGGUGCUGUAAGAUGGCAGACGACAGCUCCUGUAUCAAGUUCAAAAAGAAGAGACCAGUGGCGUCAUCUGAACACUACACAAGGUCGCGUCUCGCUUCUGGACUCGGGGAUCCCCACAUAACGACCCUUGAUGGGGCCGAGUUCCCCUUCAACGGCCACGGCGAGUACAUUCUGCUGCGGAACACCAGCAGCGCCCCCUACCGCCUGGAACUGCAGGCACGGACCAGGCGACCAGUCAUCAAUGGGGUUCACGUCAGGGCAACCGUCUACAGUGGAAUCGCAAUCAAGCAACCUUCUGAUACCGUAGAGAUCCACUCAACCAACACCACUCUCGGAUUCUAUGUUGUCAUUAAUGGACAGGAGAUAUCAUCAGAGGACGUCUUUGCCGGUACAACUUUCCCCGAUGGACGCAUUUUUCCAAAGACUGAUGAGUCCGGAAACCUGACAGGUGUUCUCGUAACGUUUCCAUCCGGAAUCUCAGUUUCCGUCAAAUCGCAAGACUUCCUCAGCUACGAGCUGGGCAUGCCGGGAGACAUGGCCGGAAGGCUGCAAGGGAUUCUGGGAAAUGCAAAUGGAGACCCAUCCGACGACUUCACCGCACCAGACGGGUCACUGACCUCUGUGUCAAAUCCAAACACUCCCCCAGAGUCAGAAGUGUUUCCCUUCGGCCAGGCUUGGUCACUAAGGAACGUCAGUUCUGCUGAAGGCAUUGACGUCUACUCCUUGACGCUUUUCACACGUUAUCCUUCCGGCUCAUCCGCUACUACUUACGGGGACGACAGUUUCGUACCAAAGUUCUUCACCACAGACCUGGACUCCCUCUUUGACGGCGACACGGCCCUGAAGGACCAGGCCAUUACAGCGUGCGGGGGUGAAAAUAAAACUGCCUGUCUGCACGACAUUGCCGUUACGGGCGUCAUCGCCAUUGGAGUCGCCACGGAACAGGACUUGACCACUUUUCAAACAACGAACACUUUGAUCGCUAAUAACCCUCCUACAUUGACGGGACCGAGUAACAUUCGUCUCCGUGUUGGGGAGACAUUCAGCACAACAUUACAAGCCACUGAUGAGUCAGCAAGUGUUACAAUAACACUGGACGGUGUGGGAACCCUAACGCAGACAAGCGGCCUGCAAGCAACGUUUGUCUGGACACCGACAAGCACGGACAAAGCAACUAUCAGCUGGAUGGCCACUGAUGGUCUGAACGCAACUGCAGUCUUUGUUCCAGAAAUAACGGUUUGCGGCUGCGUGAAUGGAGGAACGUGCGAUUACGACAACGUUGGAGACCGGGACGAAGGCUUCUCUCCCGCCGCGUGCGUGUGCCCUAACGGCUGGGGAGGGCCUUUCUGUGAGGUGGAUAUCAACGGCUGCGAUGGCAACCCCUGUUUUCAAGGUGUGACAUGUACGGACCAGCCGGCUCCUCUAGCGGCCGGUGAAAGCGGCUACACGUGCGGCCCAUGUGUGGAGGGGCUGACCGGGAACGGAGAGCAAUGUGCAGAUUUGAACGAAUGCUUGUUGGACGCAAAUGACAUCAAUGCUCACCAGUGUGUGAAUUCCGAGUGCGUGAACACGGCGGGUUCCUACACCUGCAUGUGUCCCCCCGGCUUCCACAAGGAGGGCGGCUCGCACGUGUGCUGGGACAUCAACGAGUGCCGCCAGCCCUCCCAGAACGACUGCGAUGACCGCCACGGCUACUGUACCAACACGGACGGCGGGUACACCUGCGGUUGUCUGGCUGGAUACCAGCUACAGAAUGAUGGAAAAACAUGUGCAGACAUAGAUGAAUGUCUUGACAACAACGGUGGCUGCGAGCGAGAGUGUAUCAACAUGGAUGGGGGCUACGAGUGCCGAUGCGGAACCGCCUACUAUCUACACUCGGAUGGAAAGACAUGUUUAGAGCUGGAUGAGUGUUCCACUGGAAAUAUGUGUGAGCAAAUCUGCGACGACCGAGUGGGCUACUACGAGUGCCGGUGUGACCCUCUUUUCGCACUCGCUUCAAAUGGCAGAACAUGUUACGCCAACACCACCUGCGGUGCAGCAAACACAUGCCAUCCACAACCCAUCGGCGCAUGCGCAGUCAACAACGCUGGAGCUGAAGUGUGCUUCUGUGACCAGGGAUACAAACUGCAACAGGACAAUUCGUGUGUUGAUAUAGACGAAUGUGCUGACGGGACUCACAAAUGCGACGAGAAUGCCAAAGCAUGCCGCAACACUCUCGGAAGUUACGAGUGCAUCUGCAAAGAAGGUUAUCACCUGUCGGCCGCACACGGCGGGCGGCGGUGUCAAAACAUACACGAGUGUGACGUCAACAACGGGAACUGCAGCCAGAUAUGUGAAGACACGCAGGGGUCUUUCUACUGCAGAUGCCAAACCGGAUACUACCUGGACACGGACGGGAGGACGUGUUUAAAUAUCAACGAGUGUGCCUCCAACAGGACCAAUGACUGCAGUACCAAUGCCGUCUGCCAGGAUGAAGAUGGCGGCUUCCGCUGCACCUGUAACCCAGGCUACGAAGGAGAUGGAUCUCUCUGCGGAGACAUCAACGAGUGUUUACAAAAUGGAGAAAAUGGACAAGGUAACUGCAAAGUCGGCUGUCAGAAUAAGCUUGGAUCGUACGUCUGUCUUUGCGGGGAAGGAUACGUUCUGGCCAAUGACAGCGUUUCAUGUGAAGAUAAGGACGAGUGUUUGGAGCUUCCCUGUGAUCAGACAUGUACCAACAGCAUCGGUUCCUACAGCUGUUCCUGCAAUACCGGCUACAGCCUACAGGCGGACGGACAUACCUGUGUAGGAACAGAACCUGUUUGUAACCAUGGAUGUCACCAACAUGGCGAGCUGGUCUUCAACGGCACUCACAAGUACUGUCAGUGUAAACGUGGCUGGACGGGAGACGGCACCACCACAUGCAAAACAGAUUCUGCUGCAUUUGCCAAUGCUCUACACUUUCACGACCUUGUUUUCAUAUCCAAUCUUGCCGACUGCAAGACGACAGAACACCAAACGAUGAAGGAGCUAAUAGAAUUCACGUUGACUCGAUUUUUCGAGACCCACAUCAACCCUACCAUACGCUCUGCAUUUUUGGCCGCGUCUGUGUCUGACUUGAGGAACGGUAGUGUUGUUGCUGACACCCUUCUGACGACAGACCGCUCUGCACAUCUGACCAAGGCUGACAUUGCUCGCGCGUUCGUCCAAGGAGCGGGGAACACAUCAGUCAAUCUACUCGGCUUGAACGUGUCUGACGCCUCAGUUAGAGCAUUCUGCUACAAAGGAUAUUGUCUGAAUGGAGGAUCCUGUUCCAUCCAAAAUGAUGCCAAGCAAUGCAGCUGCCCAUUUCAGUACACAGGACAGAGGUGUGAAACAUACUUGUCAGGAGUAUCAGCAUUUUCUUGA